UCCGGCAGCCACCAGCCCCGGGACAGCGAGGCCAGUCGAGGCAGGCGCUCUGAGCCCUGCAAACGCAGAGGACCGCGACGAGCAGUGCUUGGGACCCGAUGUCUCCGACCAGCCUGCGCCAUCCGAUCGCCGUCAACCCCAUGGCGCCGUUCCUGAGACUCUGCACUUGGCUGCUGGCUCUCGGCCCGGGGCUCCUGGCGACCGUGAGGGCGGAAUGCAGCCAGGACUGUGCGACGUGCAGCUACCGCCUGGCGCGCCCGACCGACAUCAACCCCCUGGCUUGCACCCUGGAAUGUGAAGGGAAGCUGCCCUCUCUCAAAACCUGGGAAACCUGCAAGGAGCUCCUGCAGCUGUCCAAGCUGGAGCUUCCCCAGGAUGGCGCCACCGCCCUCAGAGAGAGCAGCAAGCCCGAGGAGAACCACGUGCUGGCCAAAAAGUACGGGGGCUUCAUGAAAAGGUAUGGCGGCUUCAUGAAGAAGAUGGACGAGCUUUAUCCUCAGGAGCAGGAAGAAGAGGCCAAUGGAGGGGAAAUCCUGGCCAAGAGAUACGGGGGCUUCAUGAAGAAGGACGCGGAGGAGGAGGAUGCCCUGGCCAACUCCUCAGACCUGCUCAAAGAGCUGCUGGGAACCGGGGAGAACCGAGAAAGCGGCCCCCACUCAGAGUUUGGUGAGGAUGAAGAAGUGAGCAAGAGAUACGGGGGCUUCAUGAGAGCCUUAAAGAGGAGCCCGCAACUGGAAGAAGAAGCCAAAGAGCUUCAGAAGCGUUACGGGGGCUUCAUGAGGAGAGUCGGUCGCCCGGAGUGGUGGAUGGACUACCAGAAGAGGUACGGGGGCUUCCUCAAGCGCUUUGCCGACUCUCUGCCCUCUGAAGAAGAAGGGGAAAGCUACUCCAAAGAAGUUCCUGAGAUGGAGAAAAGAUAUGGAGGAUUUAUGCGAUUUUAACCCCUUGGCAGCCAGCGGCCCCAGGCCCCAGCAAGCCUUCCUCUCCCCCUCCCCUCCACCCCAGCCCUGCCCCGGGUCCAGCGUGUCUUAUUAUCCCGCAUUGCUUGCACUGUAGAGUUGCCUUUAUUGUCUGGAUAACUAACUAUACAACCUGAAGGCGCUCCUUCAGGUUCUGUGUUCGCUUGACAGUGUUCACGCUCAGUAUUGGUCUAUGGCAGCUGUGUCGUUUACAUGCUACAAUCGCUAUUGUUCCCUUGUCCUUUAUUUUUAACAAAACCCCAACAAAUGCUUAAUUGUAAAUAGAGACAAUAAACCCAUUACCCCAGCUGCA